AUGUCUUCCACCCGCACUCCCGACAUAUUUCACACUUCUCCGAUGCUGGGCCUUCGAGACGACCCAGAGCUAAGUGUACUCGACACUCCUCCACUUAUAUCUGGAGGCCAAAUCAUCAGCGCAAACGUCCAAGUUGUCUCCCCAACACUUUGCAUAUAUAUUGGCUCCCUCCUUAUCUUGCUAUUCGUGCGCGAGACGAAAGGCAAGAGCCUAGAGGAGCUCGGCCAAGUUUUCGCUAUCCUCGGCACGCACGCUGCAUGCAGCCUGAGGCAGAUACCCUACGGCUUCAAGUUUGUGUUGAUCCAGGACCCUAUCCCUGAGCAACUUUAUCAGUCAGAGAGCGAGAACGAGGGGCCGGUUUGA